AUGGAACAAAUUCAAAAGUCACAAUCAGCACCUGAACGUGUUUACAAAGAUUUGCAACCUUAUUUUGAAUGGAUUGAAGAUGAAGCAAGUUCCACUCUUAUCCUAAUGCUGCCAGGAUUCACAAAGGAACAAUUGAGAGUGCAAGUGACUUCAAAAGGUGUUCUAAGGAUCAAUUGUGAAAGACAAGGGAUUGAGAAUAUAUGGCAUCGUUUCGGUAAAGAAUUUCCGGUUCCUCCACAUUGCGACACCAAUGAUGUGAAUGCCAAGUUUGAACGAGGAGUGCUAUCAGUCAGGUUUCCCAAGCUGAUCACCCCGGAAAAUAAGCCUCAAGAACAAGAAACUAUCACGAAUCAACCACAAGAAGAAGCGUCAAUGGCGCGUCAAAAUAGUCCUGAACCUAAGGCACAAACACAAGCGCAAGUGGUUGAUGAACAGCGAGAGACGCCAAAGGAAGAGGAAAAAGAAGAUAACAAGAUAGAGGAACGAGUUGAGAAUGAUCAAAAGAAUGUUAAGACUAAUGAUGAGUCUUCGGAGACGAAAGAAGUUGUUAAAACUCAUGAAGGUCAAGGCCAGGGAAAGCGACGAGGCAAGAUGGCGCAAAGAUUGAAAACAAGAAUUUUAGAUUUUAAUAUAAGUUUGAGAUCAAAAGAUGAUAAGGAUGUUGAUGAAUUAGGUUUUGGUUUUGGUGACACAAAGCCUAAGAAAGGAAAGAUGUUGAUGAACAUGUUUGUGGCAACCUUGUUGGUUUUGGUGCUUGGAGUAUAUGUCAAAAAUGCAUUUUGGGCAUAG